CUCGAACCAGAGAUCUUUAGCUGAUAUUAUCCACGUGGCAGAUUCUCUUUGCUCAUAAUUCCGCAAAUAUUAAAAUUAGAACAAAUAAAUAAAGAGACAAAAGUAAAGAAAUAAAAAAGGUUUCUGUUUUCUCUAUCGACGAUUUGCUUUCGGAUUCGAGUCUUCUUCUUCUUCUUCAGGUUUCGCUAGGGUUUCUCUGAUCCGCUUCUUCUACUAGUUGGUUAUGUCAGGAGUUGGAUACUUCUUCUGACAGGAAGGGCCAUGUCAAGUUUAACAGUGAGAAGGGUAUCGCGUGAAGAUAUACAACUGGUUCAGAAUCUAAUUGAACGAUGCCUCCAGCUUUACAUGAACCAGAAAGAAGUUGUGGAUACUCUACUAGAGCAGGCUAAGAUCGAACCUGGUUUUACAGAACUAGUUUGGCAGAAGCUUGAAGAAGAGAACCGCGAAUUUUUCAAGGCAUAUUAUCUGAGACUCAUGGUGAAGCAUCAGAUAAUGGAAUAUAACAAGCUGCUUGAGCAGCAGAUAAACCACAUGCGCCUGAUGCAUCCAACCGGAGGGGCUUCUGUCCAAAACAGGAAUGGUUCUCAUGUUCCAUCAAUGAAUCAGCAACAAUUAUGCUAUGAACGCAAGGACUCUGAUCAAUCCUCUCCUAAUCUGUCAAGUCCAUACCUCAAUGGAGGCUCAGCAAUUAACACAAAUAUACCUUCUUCUGUGGACUUUUCAACCCAUUCUAGAAGAGUUGAUCCUCCACCAAACUCGCUCUCCGUGCAGGCCACAAAUAUGCCUUUGAUGCAAGGAAUGAUCAAGUCUGAGACUGCAUAUUCAAACUGUGCUCCGUACAUGUAUGGUGGUGAAGCACAGUCCACAGUUGGAGAUGCUCCCAUUGCAUCUUUCAGCAAUGAUUCCAGCAACCAAUCCCUCAAUGAUCUUGUUGAUGCAGACACUUCUGCAUUUGGCUUGUUAGGACAAAUACCUCGGAACUUCAGCCUCUCUGAUCUGACAGCUGACUUUUCCCAGAAUUCAGAGAUUCUGGAGAGCUACGAUAGAUCACCAUUCCUAUUGGCUGAUGCGGAAAAUUUCUUGGACUCUAGUGAAAGGGUAGAACCUCAAGGAGACCGCGAAAGAUUGGGGACCAUAUCUGAAGGCUUCAGCUAUGAAAACCUCAGGAGCAUUUAGGUUUACUACAUAUGGAGCUUCAUCACCAUGCUUCUGACGUCUUCAACUACUUGCAGGGUUUAGUCCCAUGAUCAGUGUACAGAGAUCUUCUUAGCUUUCGAAAGACAAUUUUUGGGUGGGAGUGAAUACUAAUAUUAUUAUUCUCAAGUGUAGAGAAAUGUGGUUUUUAUUAAUAAAUAUUUAAGCAGCAGUUGAUUUUGAUUGUAUCAUUGUAUGAUUUUGGAUUUUGAUUGUAUAAUCGUGUGAUAUUAGAUUUUUGCUUUGGACUUGUGUGACCAA